AUGUCGUCUGACCUCCAACGCUACAUCUCCGACAAUGCUCUCCAAUUCUUUGGCCUCUCGGAUAAAAGCAUAGUCGACUAUGUUAUUGCGUCAGCAACAACCGCGAAGACACCGGACGCUCUUUUCUCUUCGUUGAACGCCUCUGGUCUCCCGGAUAAUCCCGCUUCACAUGCUUUCAUCAAUGAGGUGUUCCAGCGUGCUCCGCGUAAACACAAACAUAAGCGCCCCGAAGACAAUGCGCGAAAACAGGCAGAGAAGGAGGCCAAAGCACUUCGGUCUCAGCAGUUCUCGUUUGUGCUAGAGGACGAUGCGGGGCCUAGUGGGACAGUGGAAUCAAAGAGAGAGAAGACGAAGAGCUCAGGAAAGGACAAGGACAAGGACAAGAAGGACCGGCAUACUCGAAAACGAGUGUCAGAUGGGCGGGAGUGGGAGAGCGACGAGGACGAGCAGGCGAGAAAGCGAUGGAAGGGGGAGGAGAAAGGAGAUAAGGGACUGGAAGAGGAUGCAGAUGCGGACAUGGAGAUUGGAGAGGACGAAGAAAGCCGGAGGGCAAGGGACUUGCGAGAACGUGACGAGUUUGCGGAGCGGAUGAAGCAGCGAGAUCAGGACCGCACGAAACGCGUCGUGGAGGACCGCUCGUCCAAGAACGCAGGCGCCGCUGCCGAAGCUGCUCAACGACGACAGCUCGCUGACGAUACUGCUGCUCGAACCCUCGUCCUCCCGUCUCUACGUGAACACUCUCGACAGCAAUACCUCACAAAGCGUGAACUGCAGCAAGUGGAGCUCCUUCGAAAGGAGAUUGCAGACGACGAAUCCCUUUUCCGGGGCAUGCAGAUAUCGAAGCGUGAGCAGCGCGAGCUCGAUCGCAAAAAAGAAGUCCUCAAGCUUGUCGAGGAGCGGUUGAAAAUCGACGACAAAUGGGACGGGUAUAUGCUUCCCGAAGACUAUAUCACAGAGCAAGGUAAAAUCGAUAAGAAGCGGAAAGAGAACGUGUUGUAUCAGCGGUAUGAAGACGCGAAGCCCAAGGACGACCAGUUUGUGACCGAUGUCGACCAAUGGGAGGCAGCUCAAACGAAACACAGUACGUUCAAAACAGGCGCUAUGGACAAAAUUGAGAUUGUCGAGGACUACGAUUAUGUGUUCGACGAGAGUCAAACGAUUAAAUUUGUCAUGGAGCACACAAUGGGCGGUGAGGGUCAUAUGAGCGCGAAAGAUAAACUUUUACAACAACAGAUCGACGAGGCGGAGAGACGAGCCCAAACCAUCGACGAGACACGCAAGUCUCUCCCGAUUUACCAGUAUCGCGACCAACUCCUCGAAGCGAUAAAAGACAAUCAAGUCCUUAUUGUCGUUGCUGAAACCGGUUCAGGUAAAACAACACAGCUGCCUCAAUACCUCCAUGAAGCAGGGUACACUGCUGGCGGGAUGAAAGUCGGGUGUACUCAGCCACGACGAGUCGCCGCUAUGUCCGUUGCCGCGCGUGUGGCCGAGGAGAUGGGCACGAAGGUGGGAUACGAGGUCGGAUAUUCUAUUCGGUUUGAAGAUGCGACGAGCGACAAGACGGUGCUGAAGUACAUGACGGAUGGCAUGCUUCUUCGCGAGUUCUUGACGGAACCUGACCUGGCCGGGUACUCUGCGCUGAUCAUCGAUGAGGCACAUGAGCGGACACUCAGUACGGAUAUUCUCUUUGCCCUUGUCAAGGACAUUGCCAGAUUCCGGCCGGAGCUACGGCUGCUCAUCUCCAGUGCUACAAUGGAUGCCGAGAAGUUCAGCGAGUAUUUUGACGAUGCGCAUAUAUUCUACGUGCCUGGUCGUCGAUAUCCUGUGGAUAUUCACUAUACUCCUCAGCCAGAGGCGAACUAUUUGCACGCUGCGAUCACUACCGUUUUCCAGAUUCACACGACCCAGCCGAAGGGUGAUAUUCUAGUCUUCUUCACGGGACAAGACGAAAUUGAGGCCGCACAAGAAAACCUAACGGAGACUGCCCGCGCGCUAGGAAACAAAAUCGCCGAGCUCAUCAUAUGUCCUAUCUACGCUAACCUUCCCAGCGAUAUGCAAGCAAAAAUCUUUGAGCCUACACCAGAAGGCGCACGGAAAGUCGUGCUUGCCACAAACAUCGCAGAGACGUCAAUCACGAUUGAUGGUGUCGUGUUCGUCAUCGAUCCGGGCUUUGUCAAGCAGAACUCAUACAACCCCAGGACGGGCAUGUCGAGCUUGAUUGUUGUUCCUUGCUCUCGUGCAUCUGCAAAUCAGCGUGCGGGUCGAGCAGGACGUGUUGGUCCUGGGAAGGCUUUCCGUUUGUACACAAAGUGGGCGUAUACCAACGAACUCGAGGCGAACACGGUUCCUGAAAUUCAACGGACGAACCUGGGCAUGGUGGUGUUGUUGCUCAAGUCACUUGGCAUCAACGACCUGAUCAGCUUCGAAUUCAUGGACCCGCCCCCAAGUGAAACACUCAUGCGCGCACUUGAACUGCUAUAUGCUCUCGGCGCCCUGAACGAUCGCGGAGAGCUAACAAAGCUUGGCCGUCGCAUGGCUGAAUUUCCGGUCGACCCCAUGCUGUCGAAAUCUAUCAUCGCUAGCGAGAACUACUCGUGCACAGACGAAGUACUCACUAUAAUUUCCAUGCUGUCCGAAUCGUCUUCGUUGUUCUACCGGCCGAAGGACAAGAAACUGCACGCUGAUCAGGCACGACAAAAUUUCGUUCGAUCGGGCGGGGACCACUUUACCCUGCUAAACGUGUGGGAGCAGUGGGCCGAGACAAACUACUCGCAGCAGUUCUGCUACGAGCAGUUCCUGCAGUAUAAGAGUUUGUGUCGGGCGCGCGAUAUUCGUGAUCAGCUUGCCGGGUUGUGCGAGCGUGUGGAAGUCGUCGUUGAGAGCAACCCGAACUCCAACGACAUUACACCGAUACAGAAGGCAAUCACAUCGGGAUAUUUCUAUAACACGGGCCAGUUGCAGAAAAGCGGUGAUUCGUACCGAACGCUCAAGACGAACCAGACAGUGUAUAUCCACCCGUCGUCCAGUCUUUUCCAGCACCAGCCCCCCGUCAAAACGGUACUGUACUACGAGCUAGUUAUGACGUCUAAGUCAUAUUUACGGCAAGUCAUGGAAAUAAAGCCGUCGUGGCUAAUGGAAGUGGCGCCGCAUUAUUUCAAACCGGCCGAGCUUGAGCAACUGACGAAAAGCGACAAGAAAAUGCCAAAGACGGUCGGAGCGUCCGCGAUCACCUCGUAGUUGUACCAUUGUCCCCGAUAGUCAGUACCGGUAUGGAUGUACUUGAUUCU